AUGGCAAUCUUACUCUCCCUUCUCCUUCAUUUAUCAUUUGUUCUCUUCUUGUCAUCAACAUCUAUAGUCAUUACCUUAGCUUCCUUCCCUGGCAGCUCAUCAUCAGCCUUAUGGUUUAUGUACCCUCCUCCUCCUCCUCCUCCUCCCUUUCACUAUACAUACCCAUCCCCGCCUCCACCUCCACAGUCACAUCACCAUUACAAGUAUAAAUGCCCACCUCCACAGUCACAUCACUAUAAAUCACCUCCACCGCCAUCACCCGUUUACAAGUACAUGUCACCACCACCACCGUCGCCCAUUUACAAGUAUAAGUCACCACCACCACCUCCUCUUGUUUACAAAUACAAGUCACCACCACCACCAUCGCCAGCUUACAUGUAUAAGUCACCUCCACCACCGCCGCCUGUUUACAAGUCACCACCACCACCUCCAGCUUACAUAUACAAGUCACCUCCACCGCCGCCUCUGAUUCAUAAACCACCACCACCGCCUCCACCUUACUAUAAUUAUGUUUCGCCUCCACCUCCACACAAACAUCACCGUCACCAUCACCAUCAUCAUCAUCACCACCAUAAGCCAAAAUGGUCACCAUAUCCGUACAUCUACUACAAGUCGCCACCACCGCCACCUAAACAUUAA